GUGAAGCUCGCCAUAAUCUAUUCAAUUGUUCCACUGACAUUUUUGAAUCCUUUAGAUGAUCUGUUUAUCUGUUUAGACAGUUAGUGUACAAUGAUGGUUCACUAUGACGCACGUAGGCGCCCACUGAGCGUCGCGAAUCUGUUUUUUUUUGAACAGUAUACUUGACACAAAAAUCAAUUAACACCUAAAUCUUCCAAAAGCCGUCAAGAAUUCAUCCUGAGUUCUCAAAUGUGUUUUCCUAAACCUCAUAUAGAGCUCCUUUUAGAUAUUCUAUCUUCAAAGUUAUGCGUUUUUCAUCUAUCACAUUAUUAUACGUUGCCCAAACUGUCAUUGCAAAUUCAUUUGUUGUCCAGUUGAAAGAUUCUGCUACUGUUGCACAAGUGUUGGAACAAGAUGAUCGUUUGAGUAUUGCUAGCCACUUGAGAAGUCAAGUUUAUAAGACAAUCAAAAUUGGAAAAACUUUUGAAGCUUUUGUUGGUGAUUUUAGUAAUGAUGCAGUGGAAAGAAUGAAAAAUAAUCCAUUGAUUCAUGAUAUUUUGCCAAACCUUCAAUUCAGUUUAUUUGACCCAACAACAACCACUUUAAUUGGAAACCAAACCAAAGAAGACAAGCAGCCAAAGACACCAGAGGAUAAAGAUCAAGAUGAAGGUGAAGAUGAUGUUACUGAUGGUCUUCAAAUUCAAAAAAAUGCUCCAAGACAUUUAGCAAGAUUAUCAUCUCGUAAAGGUUUGUAUGAAUUGAAAACACCAUUCAAAUAUAAAUAUGACACCACUGGAAAAGAUAUUGUUGCAUAUGUUAUUGAUACUGGUAUUGAUAUCAAACAUCCGGAGUUUGAAGGAAGAGCCAUCAAAGGUGCUAGUUUUGUUAAUGAAUCAGAUGGUGACUUGAAUGGACACGGUACCCAUGUUUCUGGUAUCAUUGGCUCAAAAACAUAUGGUGUUGCCAAAGAUGUUGAAUUGGUUGAAGUUAAAGUUAUCAAUCAACAAGGAAGUGGUGAUUUAACAUCUAUAUUGGAGGGUAUUCAAUGGGCUGUUAAUGACCGUCAAAAAAGAAAGGUUAAAGCUGUCGCUAAUAUGUCAUUAGGUGCUUUCUUCAGUGGUAUUUUAAAUGAUGCUGUUAAUGCAGCUUUUGAGACUGGUCUUGUUAUUGUUUCAGCUGCUGGUAAUUCCAAUGCAAGAGCAUCUAUGUUUAGUCCAGCCAGUGCUGAACACUCAUUAACAGUUGGUGCAUUAGAUGAUAGAACUGAUACAAUUGCUGUCUUUUCCAAUUAUGGUGAUAGAGUCCAUGUUUUUGCUAGUGGUGUUGAAGUUGAAAGUUUGGAUAUAAAAAAUUAUGAUAAACCAGUUUUAAUGUCUGGUACCUCAAUGGCAUCACCUGUGGUUGCUGGAUUGGUUGCCACAUUAUUGGAAAAGGGUAUCAAGCCUGAACAAAUGACCGAUAAAGUGAUUUCUUUAUCCACCGAAGGUAUCAUCAACAUGAGUAAACUAAGCAACUGGAAAUAUAGAAACACACCAAACAGAAUUGCUUUCAACGGUGCCGGAGAAAAAGAUGCUUUCCUCAAGAAAGAACCAUUCGCAGCAUCUCCUUAUGAUCAAGACAGUGGGUUAUUGAAGUAUAUCAACGACUUGUCGUCCAUUCAACCAAAAGACAAGGUUAGUAUUGAUUUGAUUGAACGUUCAACAAAAAUUCAUGGUGUCAAAUUUUUUUAAGGGUUGAAUUCGCGAAUUUUUUGGUGAAGUAGUGGCCAG